GCUGCGACAGACACACUUGAUUACGUCUGACUGGUCGGCCUACAUCGAUAUGGAUGUCAAUAUGCAGGCAGACACGAUUAGUUAAAGUCGAUGGAUGGUCGAUAAAGAGCACACGCCAUUCGUGUCACUCAGGCAGGCAGGCAGGCCGGCAGGGAGGGAGGGAGGAAAGAGAUAGGGACAUCAUCGCUCCCACACACACACACACACAUACCAUCGCGUCGAAUAAAAGGGCGCCGCGCGCAGUCAACCCCCCCCCUCUCCCUACAGCACACAGGCACCACGAGUGGCAAAAUCAGACAGACAAUGCAUUCCCUCCUGUGCUCAAACCCGAGGCACUCAGUCAGCCAGCCAACGAGGGAAGAGCCCCCAGCCACACACAUGAGUGUGUGACACACAGCCGCCCCCCAUGUGUGUGUGUGUGCACUCUCUCCUACUCUAUGCUGAUCAAUCGCAGCUGAGCGUAGCGGUCAAUAUAGUCGUCUGGCAGUUUGAUUUGUCUCACUUCCCCCACACGCAUUGACAGCACCGCCUCACGCAGCCACCCACCCAUAUCAGACACACGAUAGACCCACCCACGGCGAUCGUAGACUCUGCGCUGGCCGUCGAAUGCAUCACACCACGCAAUCCAGUCGUACCUGACGCUGUCGUUGAGUGUCGGCACUCUGCCGCUGCCCUCCGUGACGAUGCGAUACCAAUCACCAAACGGAAUUGAAGUGAAGCCAUCACUGUCGCUGCAAAGUGGAUGAUAAGGACGAAUGGCGACACCGGUCCUCCUAGUUCUGUCCAUCGGCGUACCUGGUCUGCUGUGCGCCAUGUGGAGUGUCGGUCUUGACAACGCCGUACAUGGCCGCGUUGAUGUCGAAGGCCGCCUGCUCUCGGGCGGUGUCCAUCUGCAGCGGCACGUUGGCCUCGGCGGGCGAGGCGCCGAGUCGCUGCCGGCGGUGGUGGUCGACGAUGCGGCUAAUGUGGUCGGGCUGCACCACAUCCACCGGCCCCGGCCACCUAAAGACACACACCACACUCAAACAGCCGCCCGAGUGCAUCUCAGCAAUGUCCAUUGCUCACAUGUCGAAUCGAUUUAUCAGCUCCUGGUUCAUGGUAUCGACAGUCGACUGAGUAGUGGAUAUCACCUGACCGCACGCGUCGACAGACCGGAUGUGGUCACCGCCACUCAGAGGCAGCAAGAAGGGCUCGACGGCCUGGGGCAAAGAAAUAGCAACGAGAUGAGCAACACGCAGCAUCGACCCCCUCCCCCUCCUCCCCCUCCCUCUCUCUCUGUCUGUGCCAAUCUCGUCACCUGUAUCUCUUUGUUGAGGUGGUCACGUCGUGUGUUGGCGGCCCGCAGCUGUCCCUCCAGCCGGGCCUUUUCAGCGGCGAACGCCUUCAUGAUGCCUUCCAGCCUCUUGACGGUGUCGCCCAUCUCGGCGGGGAUACCCGUGGUGGGCAGCCGCAGGUCGGUGCCAGCACCGCCACUGGAAGUGGCCUCCGCCGGCGUGGUCUUGUCGAGAGGCGACAUCAUCAGCUUGACCCAAAAGUCAUGAGGACCUGCAACACACAAGCAGCCGGCCGAAGAAACGAAGGGGGCGGAAUGAUGAUAUGAUGAAAAGUGUGUCCCCCUCUCGUUGCCUUAACUUACCGGUUUGGUUCCGCUUGGCCGCGUCAUCGAUCAGAUGUUUGACCGACGCCGCCUUGCCCGAAGUGCGCAUCGUCUCGGCGUCGAGGAUGGCCUUGUGGAUGGCCCUGAAGGCCUCCGAGUCCAUGUUGAGGAACACCCGCUGCUUGUCGUCCCUGACCAGUCGGCCGUCCCAGCAGCCCGAGCACAACGCCGCCAGCAGAGUGCCCUCCACCCCCUCCCCUUGAGUCAACAGCUUCCGCUUCACUCGCCACUCGCUGCCGCCCACAUUGAGCAGCAGUACGUCAUCGGGCGACGCUGCUGAGGGGUCCGAUGCGCCGUGCUUGAUUCUCUCUUGCUGGGCGUCCUCGUCGGCUUGGCGGAUCUGUGCGUGCAGCUGGCUGAUGGCGUCGCAGAUGGCCGUCACAGGCACAUGCAGCUCAUUGAGAAUCGCAUGGGCGCUGAACUGGCGAGCGGCCAACUCGGCCUCCAUCGUUUGUCGCGGCGCAACACAUCUGUCACACAAGUGCCUGACAACCACAAACACCGAUGAGCAGGUUUUAGUGUUGUUCCAUUGUCGUCCUUGCACACCUGAUGCCCAACACAAAGGCGAUGCCGAAGUCCUUUUUUCUGACUGCGAGCUUAGCCGCGCUGAAGCGGAUCCGAUUGCACCAAUUGCUGAGGGCCUGAGAGUGGAUGAGGGGCUCGCAGCGGGCGGCCCGACACACUUGCUGUGCCGACGCGUCUUUCGAUAUCGAUUCACUCAUUCAUUCGUUCACUGUCACGUACAUGCAUCGCCAGCACGGACAAAGUGUGUGUGUAUACGAGUCCAUCCAUCCAUCCAUCCAUCCAUUGGGUCGCUGAUUCCGUGUUGUCUGUCUGUCUGUCUGUCUGUCUGUCUGUCUGUGUGUGUGUCUGAUUGGCCGCCGCACCUCAGUGUUCCCUCCCACCACAAACAUGGACGGAGGCAGAG